CAGUCAUCUAUAGAUCUCCCAGAAGAAAAAAAAAACAAGUCAGUGUGAAACGAGACUACAUCAACACCACACACGCCUUUUUCCGGAACCUCCCCCCGAACAUUGCUUUCUUUUUAUCGGAAUACGCGAGAAAUUCUCCGCUCGUUUCUUCCCACCACAUAGCACAAGAGACCAAGCACGAUGUCAUCCAAAGGCCGAAUGUCCAAGGUGGAGAACGCAGCAGCAGAGGAGGAGGAGGUGUGCGUGGUGUGUUUUCGUCCCGUGGAGACCUAUAGCAUAGGGGAAUGCGAUCACCCUGUGUGCUUCGAGUGUUCCACCAGGAUGAGGGUCCUGUGUGGCAGGAACGAGUGCCCCAUCUGCAGGAAGAACAUGGCUAAGGUGGUUUUCACACGAAAUGUGGCGUCCUUCAUGAGCAUCAACACACGCAACAUGCUGUAUGAGCGCCGCUACGCCAUCUAUUUUGAGAGCGAGGCGGUGAUGAGGGCUUAUGACCUACUGAUGGAGCACUCCUGCCCCCUCUGCAAGGACAUCCCUCCUUUUAAGAACUUCGUCAUGCUCAAGGACCACAUGCGUAAGAGCCAUGAACUCUUCUACUGCGAGCUUUGUGUCGACCACCUCAAG